UAAUAAUAUUAGUCACAAUAAGCGCCCGGGAUGCCCUGUUUUUUAUCAAUUUAUUACGGAGCCACAAGAGAUAUUAUGUUAUAUAGUAUACCGCGACACCGUGCUCGAAACAAACCACCAAAAAGAAAAAAAAUUAAUAAGUAUUAACUCCAAAAGUUCACAUGAGCAAAAUCAGGCUCCGUGAAGAGGGAGACCUGCCUGGUUGCGUUCGAGCUCUCGAGGCCGUCUACGCAAAAAACGGUUACCCGGUAUACGGUGUGGGCAAUGCGACAGGAUUUCUACAGACGGACGAUACGGCCUGGGUAGCCGAGGACGUUAACGGCACGAUCACGGGCCAUAUCGCCCUUUAUAAGGCUGAUCCAUCCGACGUAUCCGCAUCAUUAUGGUGGGAAUUACAUCCUGAAGACAAGCAACCUAUCGCGGUACUAGGAAGACUAUUCGUACAUCCCGAAGCUCGCGGCGGCGGGAUAGCAAACAAGUUGAUGCAAACCGCUCUUGAUGAAGCGCGGCGUCGGGGUCAAAGAUUGGUCAUGUUUGCGUUAGCCAAUGUGCCGGACGCUAUACGGAUGUACCAUCGGUUAGGCUGGGAACGCUUCGGGACUACGGUUUUCAGGUGGAAGGGGGACGGAGGUGAGGAGCGAGAGAUGGAUGCCCAGUGUUUUGCGAGUCCUGUCCUGGCCGAUGAGAAGAAGUAAAAAAGCUUUGGGAUCUCGCUUUGAGUCGGGUCAAACAAUAUCAUACAAAUAUACCUCAGAUCAGAUAGACACGUGAAUCUCUAACAUCCUUUUCCGUUAGCGUAUAUCAUAUUCUUGUACCAACCUUAACAGAACCAUAGUAUAUACUAUAUACAACCUAAUCGCUGCUACUGGGAGAAGGAUUAGGCAUGUACCUAGUAGAGGAUGAGCCUAUCGACGAUUAGUUAUAUCAAGAUGAUGAUGUACUGCAUAACGACCCACCAUCGGCGAUCUCCCGGACAUAGUUACCCCUCAUCUUGUCCAAUUCGAGUAUUAAAGGGCCUUCUAAUCCCUCAAGACUAUCCCUCUAGACUGCUAUACCAAUUUCUCAAUCUUUCUGUCAUCGACGUUUAUAGUUUCUAUUAAGCUCAAGCUCAAAGUUUUUUCCCAUCGCCGACGCAUCACCUCAUCGGGUAUGGUCUUAGAAGCACUUGCCAUCAUGGAGC